AAAGGCUCCGGGUGCAAUCAACCAACCUAUCCUCAUGGCUCAGUCAUCAUUCAUCCCACUCAGCGAGAAAAGUACCAAAACGGCCAAGUAAUUCUCUUUGGCUGUAAACAGGGUUUUUAUCUGGAUGGAAUACCAAUUAUAACAUGCAAUGGGAACAAAUGGACACAGACACAUUUCCGAUGUUUAGGUAUGACAUAAAUUCUCUUUACAAUAAAUCAAGCGAUCCAUAGCUUAAGAUCGGCAUUGUUUAUUGGUACUGCAUUUCACUCUAACAUUCGGUGAUUCAUACAAACAUAUGUUUGCAUGUCAAACUUAGUUUCAAUUCCAAGGUGCGGCUUUCAAGAAAUGUCAUUGGUGAUCACUACAGAGACCAAGAGAGUUCUAAAAUGACGAUGAGAGAGGUUUGGUUCCUAUCAGUGGUCAUCUGUCACCACCUGUGUACAAGUGAAAAGAUAUAACGCUUUAUACUCAACACAAGAUAAUCAGAAGUAUUAUUAUAUUUCCUCCUCCUAAAAAUUAUAUUGCUUCAUUUAGGGUUUUGUCCUGAGUUGCGUAACAUUUUAAACGGUAAAGUAUCUAAUGUGAACCCAAAAGUUGGUAAGGCUGCCAUGGAAUUUCGCUGUGCUAAUAACAGUUUCCAGCUGAUCGGUAACACAAGGUUGGAGUGCAUAGAUGGACGAUGGAAUGGAAAGUUACCCUACUGCCAUAGUAAGUUAUCGUAAAGACCGCAAAUCUAAUUACUCUAUUAUUCUUUAUUACUAAAGACUCUUUUCUAUCAUUUACCACGAAGAUGUUCAGAGAUCAAUUAAAUAUGCGCAAAAUUAACCAGGAAUAAAUCAAUUUUUCUUCUACAGAGUUGCCGUCGUGCGUUCGACUGCAAAGUCCAGCUAACGGUACACUACAUGGUAGUGACAACAGCCAUAGUGCAGAAGCAAAAUUCACUUGUUUUACAGGCUUUGAUCUAUUUGGGGCUCCAACAUUAACAUGCAACAAGGGUGUUUGGAGUUCACGUGUUCCAACUUGUAAAGGUAAGCUGUCUCGGAGUUAUUUUCCCUGACCAAUUGACCUUUUUAUAAAUGGCUUCUUUCAAAUCUUCAGCACUUAACUCAGUUCCAGUUCUUUUUAACCUCUGUCGCGCCGUUUGCAUCUGACGGCCGAACAGGUUUGAUGUUCAUGUCGCAAAUCAUUGUUCUAUGUUUAUUUCUCAGCUUACUGCACGAAGAUUAGGGAUCUGCCAAAUGGACAUGUGUUUGGCACACGCUUCUCCCAUGGCCAAGUGGUUUCUUUCAAAUGCAAACAUGGUUAUGAGUUGGAUGGAGAUCGCAGCCUUCGUUGUAUUAAUGGAAAAUGGAAUUCUUCCGUCCCGCAAUGUAAAGGUUAGUAAUUCCUCUACAUCCUGGGAAAGAGUUUUAAGAAUAUAUCGUAGCCAAUAAAUUGUGCGUAGCAUAUUCUUGUAAUAUGAAUGGAUUUGUCACAAAACUGCAGGAACUUCGCCUACUCUUAUUUUGGUUAUAUUUACCUCUUUUAUAUUUGUUGCUACUGUGUGUACUGCGAAGACCGAGAACUACGGCGGAAUCAGUACAGGAGAAUACUUUCCAUUCAGUUAGGUCACUAUUUAUUUCUCCAUGUGCUCGCAGUAUUCCUUUAUUCGCGUUAUCUGCUCUUUUAACUUUUGUCCAAUUGUCACGCUAACUAACACGCUCCCCUCGAUUAUGCUCCCUCUUUCCAAUAAGCGCCCCUCCCCGUAGGCAAGAUUUUAAAUAAUCGCCUGUGCGCUUAUUUAAGAAGUACGGAACACAUAUAGAGUUGCAUGGCUUAAAGCGAAUCUUUCAUUAAUAAAUUUUUACUUAGAGAAAAUGGCUAUUGGAAGAAACUUAACCAUUUUCUUUUAAAAUAGAUAAUUAGGAUAAAAGGAUGAAUUUUAGUUGCUACACUUACAAUGCUUCUGUCUCGGCGUAUUUUAUCAUAUCAUUCUAAAUGAUUGCAAUCUCAAAAAAACAACCCCAAAUCAGGCUUUAAUAUAUCUUUUAUAUCAAUGAAGCAAAUAAAAUACCAGGCUAGAUUACUCAGUCACAAAGGUAGGUUCUAACUUUUAAAUUAAUGGUUGUUUAUGAAAAUCGCUCUUUGUUUUUUUUAGUUAUGCAAUGUGUAAAACCCUCCAUUCCACGUAAUUCGCGUAUCAUAUAUCCACGAACAGAUCAAGUGAGAUACACACACGCUACAACUCUUUAUCUGGCCUGUCAACAAGGUCAUCUUUUGACGGGAUCGCCGAUUAUGGUGUGUAACUAUACGACGUGGCUGAAAAGAGAAUUCAAGUGCAUU